AUGACCUUGGAAGACGCAUUCCACCGUUCCCGGAGCUACAUCUUCCUCGAGGAAGACAAACGCUUCUAUGCCAAGAAGCACAGAGAUAGGAGGACAGCCCCAUCCAAACCCAGAGAAGAAGCCGUGGAGGUACGAAGAAGACACGACCCCAAGAGGUCGCUCCUCACAGCGUUCGCAGCAGCCGACGACGAGUCCGAACAAGAAUAUGCCGCAACGAUCUCAACGCCGCAGGAUGCUACUCCACUUGGAGAUGACAACGACGCCAAAGCCUUCUGCAAAUUCCACGGAAGAACCGGCCACGCCACUGAAAACUGCAAGCACCUCAUCAGCAACCUCAUCCGCAUGUACCAUCGAGGAGAAAUCCCGCCGAUGGACGGCGACAGAUCCCAAGGGAAAGGCUUCCCGCCAAGACCACCCAAACCGGGACAACAGUUCCGCUCGAAGAAGGAUGCCGGAAAACCCGAUGCACCACCCGAAAAGAGGAACCGUGACGACCACAACGAUCUGCCGCCACCGCCGAAACGACAUGUCAGCAUGAUCAUGGGAGGCCUCCUGGACGGUGACGACUCUAUAUCAGCAAUCAAGGAAUACGAGCGGAAGGCCGUCACGGCACAGCGCUAUCCAUAUAUCCAUAAAGGAAUCCCUACCAUCUCCUUUACGGAUAAGGAUGCGGGCGGGCUGGAUACCCCUCAUCUCGACCCACUCGUGGUCACUCUGCAAAUCACGACUGCGGUGUCGCAAAAUUUUGGUCGACACCGGGAGCACGGUGAACCUCAUCUUCAAAGAGACACUGGACCGCAUGGGAGUGGAAGAGAGCUCCAUCAAACCCACGUCCGUCCCCUCACCGGCUUCACCGCCGAGCACGUCUACAGCUGUGGCACAGUCCGGCUCCCGUAUAUGUCGGCGGAAUCUCGAAGCUUAUGA